AAACACGCUCAGGGUUAUCAAGGGAAAAUUGGACCUACCCCCAUCAGGAUUGUGUCUGUAACUUUAGGACAUCAGAAUGCUAUUACGAGUGGGCAUUUCCCCCGGCAGAUUUCGGAGGGUCCAGCUUCGUAGUGUACCGGAAUCUGUGGACCAUCUAAAGGAUAUUCUCAGAGAGAUGCUUGAACUGGAGGGAGAGUUUUCUUUGCAAUUUGAAGAUCCUGACUUUGAAAAUGCCCUUACUGACUUGCAGAGCAUUGAUGAGUUGCCUCCCGACAGAUCUGUCCUAAAAGUGGUGUGGGACAACAUUGCUUCACUUGCUAUGGAGUCACCUGCAUGCGCCCUGUCAGACACAAGCUCUGUGUCAUCACUCGACACAGCAAGCACAUCUAGUCACUCGGACACAUUGGGUUCUCCAAACUUUUACAGAAAACUCAAAGCUGCUAAAGAUUUGCCGUCACCUGGAUCUGUUCAAAUUCCCAAGUUCUCACUCGAUGUUGAGCUUCGGCUGAAGCAAGGGAACGAGGUCUACAAGCAAACCAAAACUCCCAUUGUCCCCACAAGAGAAAUGAAGUCUGCCAUCAUCACUGCCAUAGUGGAGUCCAUUUUUGCGUCAGAUUGCUACCCAGACAAGGCAGAUAUGAAGUGUUACGCCGCAGCACUAGUAGCAAAACACCCAUGCCUCACAGAAGAUGGUCCUGGAACUGGGUAUGAUGGUUGGCUUGUGAGCCUUUGGUUUAAAGUUGGAAAUUACCGAACCAAGUUGCGUAAGGCUGGGCAUGCAGAAGUGUCUGUUAACAAAAAGAAAGCUGAUUCAGAGGAAGGGAUGAAGUUUCGCCUCAAAAAAGCAAGAAGAGCUGAGGUAAACUUUUUACCUCCACAUGCGGAAGGGCAAUCAGACGAAUCUCUUGAUGACCUAAGAUCACAAAUGAUGAAGGAAACUGAAAAGAAGACAUUCGAUGCCAAGUUCAUCAAAGAAACAAUGGAUGUUACUUUUUCUCUUCGGCGCCGAGAGGUUAUUGAAAUUCAACCCCUUGUCCAAGUCCUGAGGGACAGAUGGCCUGCCCUGUUCUUCAAAGAUGAGAUAUGCCGUGAAUUCUUCCGCAUCACACAAAUUGACCUCAUGACAUCAUUCCGAUCAUCACUGGCAAGAUUCACUCCGGCAUUGCUGAAGUACUACAGGAAGAAGAAGGAGUCUGCAGGAUCUGAGCUUACAACACUGCUUGCACCUCUGGAUGACCAGGUGGCAGACAUUGCGGACCUUAGGGAACGCGUUGCCUUGGAGGGACUGCCUCUCGUCCUGAAAGAAGACAAUGGGUGCCUUUUCCGGAAAUGCUUUGACACUGAUGCUGAAGAGACGUACACCAAAGGAGUGAAGAUCGGCAUCCUUUCCGUAGUGGAAGAUGAUGGUGUGGCAGCAAGAAGGUCUCUUCCCAAUGUCGUCAACAUCGCCGUCAUCUUGGAGGAAACAGUGGUCCUAGACGACAUUAACGACUUGCCCUCUGCUGUUGGCUACCUCUUUGGGCUUCUGUAUGCCUGCAAUAUGGAAUAUCCGAAGGGACUGAACUACACAUUUGAGGUGAUCCAGAAGGUUUUUCUUGAGCUUGAUGCGCAGAACUGCUCUGCCAGAGCAAUGUCUCUGCGGCGCAAGAUUUUCGAAUUCUUAAGAUAG